CUGCUCUGUUCACUUCAGCUGCAGGAGUCAUCCAGGAUGGCCACACACUUCAGUUCAUGCUUACAGAUUAUUAUCAUGUGUUUGUGUUGCGCAGUUUGCAGGACUGGCAUUUCCUGUAAAAAUGAAGCUGACGAGCCUGUUGAUUGGUUUGUCAUCUACAAACUGCCCAGGUAUAAGAUUGGCGAAGUUGGCAGUGGGGUAGACUACAUGUACCUUGACUCCUCAGUAGGGAGCUGGCAGAUGAGUAAAUUCAUGAUUAACACCAGUGAAGGAGCCAUCGGAAACACACUGAACCAGCUUUACAUGGGAAAGGCCUACAAGUCUAACAGUUCAGUCUAUGCACUCUACAAUGACGGGCCACCAGACCUGGAAUACAAACAAGGAUACGGACACACAAAAGGGGUACUGCUCUUUGACCGCUCUCAAGGUUUCUGGCUUUCGCACAGCAUUCCCCAUUUCCCCUCGUUCCCUGAGAGCGGCUACCUUUACCCCUCCUCUGGCAAAGUCAACGGCCAGACUGCUCUGUGCGUGACCUACCACUAUGAACAGUUCCUCCAAAUAGUGAAGCAGAUGGUGUACCUUUACCCACGCGUCUAUAACUGCUCUGUACCUGCUGCCUUCCUGGCCGACCUGCCGCAGUUGGCCCAGUUAUGUGAGGGCGGAAAACCUCCGAUGGCCUCAGAUAAGGGAGUGGAGCAGCUUUUCUCAAUACAAGGGGACAAGUUUGUCAGUUUUGUCAAAUCUGAACGCUAUGUGGAUGACAUCUACACGGGCUGGGUGGCUCAGGCUCUGGACGUCGACCUGCUGGUGGAGUCCUGGCAGAGAGAAGCUCACGAGCUGCCCUCCAACUGCUCCCUGCCCAAACACGCCAUGAACAUCAAGAGGAUUCAGCUUCCAGGAUCAGUCCUGUUCUGGUCCCAAUACGACCACUCAAAGUGGUGCGUGUCGCUGGCCUACGAGGACCAGGUGACCUGCCUGGGGGAUCUGAACAGGGAGAAGGCCCAAAUGUGGCGUGGUGGGGGGCUGGUCUGCACCUACAACCCCUUGAUUUACAAAGCCUUCAGGCAGGUGGUGGACUGGUACAUUGGCUGUUGAACGAUAUAAAGAGAGAGGAUUAUUGGGACUGGAUUAGUCUCACACGACAUGGUUUAAAUCGGUUUCAAAUUAAUAGGACUAAAUGUGAAGGUGAUCCUGGUAGACUUAAACCAUCAGACCACGCAGGUAUGCCGUGCUGGAUGAACUGUUCAGAUCCUUUACUUAAGUAGAAAUACUUAUACCAUACUGUUAAGCAUACUCCACUACAAGGUACAGCCAUGCAUUCAACUUUACCUGAGUUAAGGUAUGUAAGUAUUAUCGGCAAAAUGUACGUAAAGUAUAAAAAGUACAAGUACUCGUUGUGGAGAAAGAGGUUUCUGUUCCCUUUUUAGAUGAAUAUUCCUGCUGUAUUAUACGUGUAUGUUGCAUUUUACUGCUGUAGAUCUUUUUUAUGUUCAUUUAAAAAACUCCUCACUCCUACUGCUGUUACAUGUUCUCACUCUCCUCCUGAUCUAACCAUGCAUAUAGUUUAGGGUUUUCUAUGUGCAGAUUUUGAGAUAUCUAAAGUUUCUGCUUUACCACAAUGCUACUACUAAAAGUAAAAUCAUUUUAAAGCA